GCACAACUCAUACCUAAACGAGGUCCUCAAUAGGAAUGCGGAAAUACAGCUCUGAUAACAUUGUACGUUAGAAAAUUCAAGAGUCACAGAUUAUGAUCCGCUGGAAUGGAAGAAAACCAGUGCCUGCAAGCGAGUCGUCUCCUACAAGAUGAAGACUCUCUCAUAGAGGGGGUUAGUAACCCCGUCCUCUUCGUGGUUGUUCUGAGCCUUGCCUUUCUUGGUGGAUUGGCUGCACUGCUAUUCAGGAACGAACAACAACAACAGAGAAUCCACCCAGAAAACCAAGAACAUGUACGUGCAGUGCGACAGCGUCUACAGACAGAUCAGGACACGCCGCCAGAGCCCAGACACCAGUUCUACACGGACAUGUCCUGUCCGGUGUGCCUGCAGCAGGCCUCUCUACCUGUGGAGACCAACUGCGGCCACCUCUUCUGUGGCUCCUGUGUCAUUGCGUACUGGCGGUAUGGGACGUGGCUUGGGCCAAUCAGCUGUCCCAUAUGUAGACAAACGGUGACGUUGAUGUUCCCGCUCUUCCACGGGACGGACGAGCCGCCCCCCUCUGAUCAUCCGGAUGAUGGGCAGCCCGAGGCCAACCUCAUCCUGCAGGACCUCACCGACUAUAACCGCCGGUUCUCCGGCCAGCCCAGAUCGCUGAUGGAGCGUCUGCGGGACGUGCCCACGCUGCUGCGCCACGCCUUCCGGGAGAUGUUCUCCGUGGGCGGGCUCUUCUGGAUGUUCCGGCUGCGCAUACUGCUGUGUCUGGUGGGGGCGCUGACGUACCUGGCCUCGCCACUCGACUUCAUCCCCGAGGCAGUCUUCGGCCUGCUGGGCUUCAUGGACGACUUCUUCGUCAUCCUGCUCCUCUUCAUCUAUAUCUCCAUCAUGUACCGCGAGGUGGUGACCCAGAGGCUGGGCGGAGGCUGAUGUGUGUGACAACUUGCACGCACGCACCUGGCACACACACACACACGCACGCACCUGGCACACACACACGCAG